AUGAGUGAAUUGAAUAUUGAUAAUGAUUUAGUCGAAUAUUCUUAUCAAAAGCAACGAAUUUGCAAUGUACAAAUGGAUGAGCAUAACGUUUAUAAACGAUAUGUUUUAAAUGAAAAAAAAUGGCCAACCGAUAAAAUUUCGUGGUCGUUUCGAGAUCCAUUUCACCUUAUUAAAAAACAAAUACAAUUUUACAGUAUCAAAAAAUUAAUCGAGAAUGCAUUAAAAUUGUGGUCAGAAGCAUCAAAUGGUACUUUGAACUUUCAAGACAAAUCACCAUUAUAUGGUUUUAAUGACCAAAUAGGCAAUUUGGAUAUAUUUUUUGCGAAAUAUGAUCACGGUGAUAAGGAAUCAUUUGAUGGACUUGGUGGGAUUGUGGCGCAUUCAACAUAUCCAUUAAGUGGAAUGAUACAUUUUGAUGGAUCUGAAAUAUGGUCGACAAAUGGCCAAAAUGAUGACCGUUUAGAUUUGCGAUAUGUAUGCUUGCCAUUAUAA